UAAAAGUCGGUGACAAUGUGGUUUUUUCUGAGUUGAAAACUCCCUAAAGGUGGACAAGUGUGAUUUUUGUGCAAAAUAAAUUUUUAUUUUUUAAAUAUAAAAUUUUGAAUAACUUCUGAAGAACAUUAAUAUAUAUACCAAAGCAAGGAUAUAAUUAAACGGUCUCAAAAUGGGUGACAUGUUCCGUACGGAAAAGAUGACAUUAUGUCAAUUAUUUAUACAACCGGAAGCGGCAUAUGCUUCAGUAGCAGCAUUAGGUGAGAAAGGUUGUGUACAAUUUAGAGAUCUCAACGAAGGCGUAACUGCUUUCCAACGAAAAUUCGUAAAUGAGGUACGUCGUUGUGAUGAAAUGGAGAGACAAAUGCGUUAUAUAGAAGCUGAAAUAACCAAAGAUGAAAUCAAAAUACCAGAAUUGUAUUUCGAUGAACUACCUGAUGCACCGAAUCCUAGAGAAAUAAUCGAUUUAGAAGCCAAUUUGGAAAAAACCGAAGUUGAAGUACGUGAACUCGCAGCAAAUGAACUGAAAAUAAAAACAAACCAUUUGGAGCUCAUCGAAAUGCGAACGGUACUCGAGAAAACAGAGGGUUUCUUUUCGGAACAGGAAGUUAUUGAUUUAGAUAUUAACCGUAGUAACAUCAAGACAAAUACCGAUGGAGCUAAUUUAGCUUUUGUUGCUGGAGUUAUUAAUAGGGAACGUGUGUUUGCAUUUGAACGCAUGUUAUGGCGUAUGUCACGCGGAAAUGUUUUUCUAAAACAAGCCGAUAUGCAUGAACAGCUGAAGGAUCCGAUUACUGGUAAUGUCCUAUAUAAAACCGUUUUUGUCGCAUUCUUUCAAGGUGAGCACUUGAAACAACGAGUGAAGAAGGUUUGCGCCGGUUUUCAUGCUGCCAUGUAUCCUUGCCCAAGUUCACAUGAAGAUCGCAUUGGUAUGUUAAAAGGAGUGCGUACACGUAUUGAUGAUAUUAAAAUUGUGAUACAGCAAUCUGAAGAUCAUCGUAGUCGUGUACUUAAUACUGCUGCUAAGCACAUAAACACUUGGACUGUUAUGGUAAAGAAAAUGAAAGCCAUCUAUCAUACACUAAAUUGUUUUAAUAUUGAUGUGACAGAAAAGUGUUUAAUCGGAGAAGGUUGGGUACCAACUAAAGAUAUGCCCACCGUACAACAAUGUCUUUUAGAUGGGUCUUCAGCUGUAGGCAGUACAGUGCCUUCAUUCCUAAAUGUUCUGGAUUCACAUGAAGCACCACCAUCAUAUAUACGUACUAAUAAGUUUACUAAUGGUUUUCAGAAUUUAAUUGAUUCUUAUGGACUGUCUUCAUAUCGCGAAGUCAAUCCCGCCUUGUAUACAUGCAUAACGUUCCCAUUCUUGUUCGCUGUAAUGUUCGGCGAUUUGGGACACGGAUUCUGUAUGUUCUUAUUCGGUUUGUCAAUGGUAAUCUAUGAAAAGAAACUGGGUAGACAACGCAGGGGAGAGAUUUUAAAUAUUAUGUUCAGUGGUCGUUAUAUUAUAAUGUUGAUGGGUCUAUUUGCUUGUUAUACUGGAUUUACUUACAAUGAUAUAUUUUCGAAAUCACUUAACGUGUUUGGUUCGAAGUGGCGUAUACGUUAUAAUACAACCACCGUACUCACCAACCCCACACUUCAGUUAAAUCCGGAAUAUGCUACUGUGGGUGUUUAUCCCUGGGGCUUGGAUCCGAUUUGGCAAUUGGCGGAUGACAAUCAAAUUAUUUUCACUAACAGUUAUAAAAUGAAAUUAUCUGUUAUAUUCGGUGUUUUGCAUAUGAUUUUCGGACUUUGUCUUUCUGUGGAGAACUUUAUAUACUUCAAGCGAUAUUCAAGCAUCUUUCUGGAAUUCUUACCACAAGCUCUAUUUUUAUUGUUACUCUUUGGUUAUAUGGUAUUCAUGAUGUUCUUCAAAUGGGUGAAAUACUCAGCCACAUCAGAUAUUCAAUCUAAUUCCCCUGCAUGUGCACCUUCGGUGUUGAUCACAUUCAUAAAGAUGAUGUUGUUUGGGGAGAUGACCGCGCUUCCCGGAUGCGAUGCUUAUAUGUUUAGUGGACAAGCACAACUGGAAAAGAUUUUUGUGAUUGUUGCAGUUGUUUGUAUACCAUGGAUAUUGCUAGGAAAACCGUUUUGGAUAAUGUUCACACGCAGAAACAACAAAACUACUAGUUAUGAUGUGGAAUCGAUUGAUGAAGAUAAACCAAGUGAAAGUAAAGCUGCUGUCGCUCAUGGUGAGCCUGAAGAAGAACCAAUGUCCGAAAUAUUCAUACACCAAGCCAUACACACAAUUGAAUAUGUGCUAAGUACGAUUUCCCAUACUGCUUCUUAUUUACGUCUAUGGGCUUUAUCGUUAGCUCAUGCAGAGUUAUCACAAGUAUUAUGGAAUAUGGUGUUACGUUUGGGCUUGACUAUGAAUAGUGGCUAUAUAGGGAUAGUAGCUGUUUUCUUCCUCUUCGGUUUUUGGACACUUUUAACUAUUGCUAUUAUGAUCAUGAUGGAAGGUUUAUCAGCAUUUUUACAUACACUGCGUUUGCAUUGGGUCGAGUUCAUGAGCAAAUUUUAUUCUGGUGAAGGAUAUGCUUUCCAACCAUUUAGUUUUAAAAUUCUUAUAGAAUCUAAUUUUGAUGAUUGA